AUGAGGCACCAUCAGGCACCAUCCAGGCACCAUCAGGCACCAUCACACCCACACAGGACCCAGCACCAUCCAGGCACCAUCAGGCCCAUCAGGCUCCAUCAGGCACCAUCACACCCACACAGGACCCAGCACCAUCAGGCACCAUCAGGCACCAUCAGGCACCAUCACACCACAGGACCCAGCACCAUCAGGCACCAUCAGCACCAUCAGGCUGUCAGGCUCCAUCAGGCUCAUCAGGCACCAUCAGGCUCCAUCAGGCACCAUCAGGCACCAUCAGGCACCAUCAGGCUCCAUCAGGCACCAUCAGGCACCAUCAGGCACCAUCACACCCACACAGGACCCAGCACCAUCAGGCACCAUCAGGCACCAUCAGGCACCAUCACACCCACACAGGACCCAGCACCAUCAGGCACCAUCAGGCACCAUCAGGCUCCAUCAGGCACCAUCAGGCUCCAUCAGGCACCAUCAGGCACCAUCAGGCUCCAUCAGGCACCAUCAGGCUCCAUCAGGCUCAUCAGGCACCAUCAGGCACCAUCAGCACCAUCAGGCACCAUCAGGUCCCAUCAGGCACCAUCAGGCACCAUCAGCUCCAUCAGGCACCAUCAAGGCACCAUCAGGCACCAUCAGGCACCAUCAGGUCCCAUCAGGCACCAUCACACCCACAGGACCCAGCACCAUCAGGCACCAUCAGCACCAUCAGGCACCAUCACACCCACACAGGACCCAGCACCAUCAGGCACCAUCAGGCACCAUCAGGCCCCAUCAGGCUCCAUCAGGCUCCAUCAGGCCCCAUCAGGCUCCAUCAGGCACCAUCAGGCACCAUCAGGCACCAUCAGGCUCCAUCAGGCACCAUCAGGCUCCAUCAGGCACCAUCAGGCACCAUCAGGCAGUCAGGCACCAUCAGGCCCCAUCAGGCACCAUCAGGUCCCAUCAGGCACCAUCAUUUAA